GGGCGGGUUCGGGCCUUUCCGGCACCGUUCGGGCCUUUUCCCAGGCUGCCGCCGGGCCGGGAGGCAGGAGCGGGCUGGAGGCGAGCGGCGGCGGAUGGUGCCGGCGGAGAGGCACUGGGAAGGGACACAUAGCAUGCCACACCACUCUGGGCUGGAAGCAAGCUGUGGUUUUGCCCCCUGGACUCCGAGAAACCUUCAUUUUUGGUGAAGCAGCCCCUGAUCUCCUCUUCCUUUGCUGCAUGCCCACUCACCAGUGCUGGAUUAUGUUUGUCUCCUUCUCCCUCUGCUCCAUCAUUUGGUUGAAUCGUGGUUUCAAGCUCAGGAAAAGGGGCUGCACCUAAGUGUGCACCCAGCCCGACUUCCUGGGGUGCUGGUUCACUUGAGAGACAUUCAGGGUGCUGAUGGGGGAGAGCUGCCUCUGAAAGUCCUUCCUUGUCCCCCCCCCAAAACCUUCUGCCUGACCCUUCAGAGCAGAGAGGAUGAGCAGCACCGACGGCUUCCAGUACCGCGCGCUUUACCCCUACUGCAAGGAGCGGGAGGAGGACAUUGACCUCCUGCCUGGGGACAUCCUGGUGGUCAGCAAGGGGGCCCUGCAAGCCUUGGGCUUUAAAGAUGGGGAUGAACAGAACCCCAAUCAGAUUGGGUGGAUCUUGGGUGUCAACGAGCGGACCAAGCAGAAGGGCGACUUCCCCGGCACCUACGUGGAGUACGUGGGGCCCAUCAAGAUCUCUGUCCCUUCCCACCGACCCCGUGUCCAGAGGCCUCUGCCUGCCACACCAGGGGCCAGUGGCUGCCGUUUGCCUGAGGCUCUGGAGCAAGGGUCUCCUCUCCCAGAUUUACAGGAGCAGUUCAGCCCUCCCGAGAUCGCGCCGCCGCUGCUGGUGAAGCUGGUGGAAGCUAUUGAGAAAAAAGGGUUGGAGAGUGAGAUGCUGUACAGGACAUCUGGCUCUGAGCUGAGGCAAGCGCUGAGAACCGAUUGGACCCUGAGUGACCUGGAACCCCUUGACGUGCACUCCCUGGGCGAGGCGCUGCGAGGUUACCUGCAGGACCUUCCCUCCCCUGUGGUGCCGGUGGCCGUGCAUGGUGACAUCCUGCGUGUCCUGCAGGAGAUCCCUCAGCCAGAGAAUUGCAGGAAGCAGCUGCUGCUGGCCCUGGAGUCGCCUGCAGUCCCGCUGCAGAACACGCUCACCCUGCAGUUCCUGCUCCGGCAUCUGGGGAAGGUAUCGCAGCAGGCGGAGAGCAACAACCUCCACCCUCGGGCCCUGGGAGAGAUCUUUGGUCCCCUCCUCCUCCGGCUGCCUGGUGCCAGCCCUGAGUUGAGCCCAGACUUCUCCAUCCUCUUCCUGGAGAUACUUCUGCAGACAAAGGAGUUGGAGCCAGAACAGUUGCCUCCAGCUUUGCCUCCAAAGCCACCUAAGCCAAAGCCCAGUGCUUCCAGCCUGGCCAACGGGAACAGUGUGCCCCUGCAGGAUGCUGAGUGGUACUGGGGGGACAUAUCCCGGGAGGAGGUGAACGAGAAGCUCCGGGACACACCAGAUGGAACCUUUUUGGUGCGUGAUGCUUCCAGCAAGAUCCAGGGAGAGUACACCCUCACCCUCAGGAAGGGAGGCAAUAACAAACUGAUCAAGAUUUUCCACCGGGAAGGGAAGUAUGGAUUCUCUGAGCCCCUGACUUUUGGCUCAGUGGUGGAGCUCAUCACCCAUUACCGGCACGAGUCACUAGCACAGUACAAUGCCAAACUGGACACCAGGCUGCUCUACCCCAUCUCCAAGUACCAGCAGGACCAAGUGGUGAAAGAGGACAGCGUGGAAGCUGUUGGGGAGCAGCUGAAGGUCUAUCACCAGCAGUACCAGGACAAGAGCUGGGAGUACGACCUGCUGUACGAGGAGUACACCCGCACUUCCCAGGAGCUGCAGAUGAAAAGGACAGCAAUUGAGGCUUUCAAUGAGACCAUCAAGAUCUUUGAGGAGCAGUGUCAGACGCAGGAGAAAUGCAGCAAGGAGUACAUCGAGCGGUUCCGCCGGGAUGGCAACGAGAAGGAAGUUCAACGGAUCCUCAUGAACUCGGAGAAGCUCAAAUCUCGCAUCACAGAGAUCCAUGACAGCAAGAUGAAGCUGGAACAGGACCUGAAGAAACAAGCCUCGGAGAACCGGGAGAUCGACAAGCGCAUGAACAGCCUCAAGCCAGACCUCAUGCAGCUGCGGAAACUGCGGGACCAGUACUUGGUGUGGCUGACGCAGAAGGGAGCCCGGCAGAAGAAAAUCAAUGAGUGGUUGGGCAUCAAGAACGAGACAGAGGACCAGUACUCCAUGAUGGAUGAUGAGGAGGAGCUGCCCCACCACGAGGAGCGGACGUGGUACGUGGGGAAGAUCAACCGCGUGCAGGCAGAGGAGAUGCUGUGUGGCAAACGGGAUGGAACCUUCCUGAUCCGGGAGAGCAGCCAGAAGGGAUGCUAUGCCUGCUCCGUGGUGGUGGAUGGUGACACCAAGCACUGCGUCAUCUACAAAACGGCCACGGGCUACGGCUUCGCUGAACCCUACAACCUCUACGCCUCCCUCAAGGACCUGGUCUUGCACUACAAGCACACCUCCCUGGUGCAGCACAACGACUCCCUGAAUGUCACCCUGGCUCACCCUGUCCUUUCCCAGCCCCCUGCCAGAUGAGCAGCCCCUGCACGAUGCAGCAGCUGCCUUCAGCUUCUCCCCAGGGCGACGCUUUUCUGGCCCUGGACUUUUUUUUUUUGCACCCUGUAUAGUUGAGUCUCUGUGCUCCAAACCUCUUUUGAGAUGUUUGUGACUGUUCCUGGUGUCCCUUUUUGGUCGGUAGCUGAAACCUGUGUUGGCUGAUGGGACAAAAGAAAAAA